GAUCGUAGCCCGAGUCGAGCAGCCAAUGAAGCUCCGAACCCUUCGUCCAAUCAAAUUUGGUCCAGGCGGCAGAUAUGAGUAAUUGAUGAUUGUUAUCAUAAGUCACAAGAUGGCCGAGACCUCAAACGCCUCAGCAGAGCCCGAGCUCAUUUAUUUUGAGGUGACAAGUAACGAAGAACGUUUUGUGCAUAUGGUAUUCCAAAUGGCCAGCAACACCACAAAUCAAUUCCUUAUUUUUGUAAAAGACGAUGAGACCUGUUUUCGUGCUCAACGUGCACUUUAUUCAUCCGGUGAGAUGACGCAGUGCUUUCUGAAGAAUAUGAAUAAAGAUGCCUUCAAAAAAAGGAAACAGGAAUUGAAAAAUGGAACGGCUAAAGUUUGGAUUGCUGAUAGAUCUGUUAUUGGAAAAUUGGUGGAUUGUUUUUCGAAAGAGCUGACCGUGUUUUUGUAUGAUGGAAUUUCGAAUGAUUUUCCAAAACAAGCCGUCGGUAAAUGUCAUUCUGUGAUAUCUCUCAAGCAAAGUAGGCAUACUGCUGUUAACACCUCGGACGGAUUAUUUGAGCAAGUUUUUCACAUUUGCCAACUGUACAAUGCGACUUUCACAUCACCGAUCAAGGAUUGGAUGGCCAGCUCAAAAAAUGGUGACCUUCCUGAAAACGCAGAUACCAUGAAGCUCGUCAUUGCUCGUCCAUCGGAGCUCCUAAACUCUGCGAGCACAUUACGAUCGUUUAACGACAUUGUUGCAAAAGAUCCGCGGAUUCUGAAUCUAAUGGAAGCUUUCAAAGUUAUCGAGAAUAAAGCUAGAAUUGACAAAGAUGACAAUUCAAGAGGAAUGCUGUACCUUUGUGUUAAAAUGAGAUCUGAAUUGGAUGGACAGUAUGUCACGAAAAACAAGGCCGAUCAGUUUUAUCGGGUGGAAUUUAAUACGUUGAAGAAUAUGAAAAACAAAAGCGAAUUCCUUCGAAAAAUGUGUCCGUCUUAAUUGUAUGCAAAUUUAUGAAAGUUAGAUUUUUCGAUAAUAAAUAAACUUUUAUUGAAAAA